CCCCCCCCAGUUGCGGGCCGUUGUUUUUGCGCCACUUCCGCGGUGCUGGGCAAACGCCUGCGUUAAUUUUAGGGAGGAAAAAACACGGGAGGGGAGGGUCGUUUUAUUUGCAAACCGCCCAAUUCCUACCUACUUCCUCAAGCUCGCUGCAAUUUUACCCCAAUCAAUUUAAAAUCCCCUUUUUAAAGCACCCGGGGGGGGGUCUGAAUAUAUCUUUUUUGGCAAGCUUUGAGACUUUUAUUUGUGCACCCGAGUGUCUCUGGGGAGGGGGAAGGGUUUUUUUAAGAUUAUAUUUGUUCUUGACGUUAACACAAAGUAUACCAGGGGUCUUAGAGAGGUUUGGAAAUGGCUCUGCUUGGGAGCGAGGCUCCUCGAGUUUAAUUCGGAGCGAGAGAGAGAGAGAGAGAGGGGGGAUCGACCCGAGAUGGGUGCCUUCCUGGACCGUCCCAAGACAGAGAAGCUGAACGACCACGGGGAAGGGAAUGGGAUCCGCUACGGGCUGUGCAGCAUGCAGGGCUGGCGGGUGGACAUGGAGGACGCGCACUCGGCGAUGCCUGAGCUGGCCGACAAGCUGAAGAACUGGUCGUUCUUCGCCAUCUAUGACGGGCACGCGGGCUCGGGGGUAGCCAAGUACUGUGCCAAGAACCUGCUGCAGCACAUCACCGGCAGCCAGGAGUUCACAGGGUUGGCGGAGGGCGGGACCGACUCCCCGGGGGCGGUGGACAGCGUGCGCCGGGCCAUCCGGACGGGCUUCCUGAACAUCGACGAGCAGAUGCGCAGUGACUCGGCACUGGGCGACAACGACAUGGACCGGAGCGGCUCGACGGCCGUGGCCCUGCUCCUCUCGCCCACCCACGUCUACUUCAUUAACUGCGGCGACUCCCGGGGCGUCCUGCACCGCGGCAGCUCCCUCCACUUCUCCACCGAGGACCACAAGCCCUGCAACCCCCGGGAAAAGGAGCGCAUCCAGCGGGCGGGGGGCAGCGUGAUGAUCCAGCGGGUCAAUGGCUCGCUGGCCGUCUCCCGGGCGCUGGGCGACUACGACUACAAGUGCGUGGAUGGCAAGGGCCCCACCGAGCAGCUGGUGUCCCCCGAGCCCGAGGUGAUGGUCAUCGAGCGCUCCCCAGAGGACGAGUUCGCCGUGUUAGCCUGCGAUGGCAUCUGGGACGUCAUGAGCAACGAGGAGCUCUGCGCCUUCGUGCGCUCCCGGCUGGAGAUCACCGACGACCUGGAGCUGAUCUGUAACCUGGUGGCGGACACCUGCCUCUACAAGGGGAGCCGAGACAACAUGAGCAUCGAGCUGGUCUGCUUCGAGAAUGCACCGAGGCCCUCGGAGGAGGCCAGGCAGAGAGAGGCCGAGCUUGACGCCUACCUGGAGGCCCGGGUCAAAGAUCUGGUGGGGAAGGCCGGACCGGAGGGACCCCCAGGAAUGCUGGACGUGAUGCACUCCUUGCUCAUCGAGAACAUUCCCAACCUACCCCCCGGAGGAGGCCUCACCAGCAAGCGGAGCGUCAUCGAAACAGUUUAUAACCAGCUUGUUCCUCAGAAGGCUGACCAGGACUUGGAAGAUCCAGACGCUGUGUUGUAACUGGAGAUUUCGGCGGAGGGGUGUGGGAACGCUGGACGGUCUAAUCCCGGGUUUCGGCAUUUUAAGAACAUGUGCGUGCAGAAGAAGAGAAUCCGAUUGAUUAUAUUUAUAAAUGUUUUCCUUUUGCCAGUCUCCCUCUCGUGCCCGUUUCUGAACAUCACUGCCUGCCUGUACCCGUUAAGCCGUUACCCUUGGAAUCCACCAUCUACCCCCUUCCCGUCUAGACGGAACUCUGCUAACGUUGGACCUCUGGGGCUGUGCGAGGGAUUUUUCGGUGUGAAUAACUUAUUAACUGUGUGCUUAGUUUUCCUCACUUCUACUGUUCUAAUUCUUGCACCGGUGGGACACCCAGACAGCGAGCCAGGGUGCACUGGGAGUCUUCACCUGGGUGUUGGCCAGGCACGCAGUCACAGAGGAGGGAAGGGGGUUUUGGGGUACCUGGCCUGAGGCUGCAGGGGUGACCCUGAGGAAGGACACUUGCUGCCUCUCGAUUUUUGGUGGGGGUGGGGGGCAGUGGGGAGUCUCCUGCCGCAGACUGGAGACCUGCAUUGGAGUACGUUGGGCAGGAGUCCUGAGUUCUCCACUGUGCUGCCACUUGGGGGCCUCCCCUGGAGCGAGGGAGGCAGCAUCUGUAUGUGUGUGGGGGGGGGGGGGGGGGAACAGGGUGGGUAGCGUUUUGUUUUCAAAGAAGAAAAUCCAUAGUUGACGUCCAGAUCAGUUUCUGGAGAACGCACGGCUGACGGUUGUGUGUGAGUGAGGGGUGCCCUUUUGGUGCGGGAGAGGAAGUGUCCUCUUGGUGUGCAGGGUGUGUGUGAGUAUGCAUGCAUGUGUGAAAGUACGUGCAAGAUGCAUGCACCUGUGAGUGUGUGCAUGCAUCAGUGAGACCGUGCACAUAGUUGUGUGAGUAACUCUGUGCAUGAGUGUGUAUGGUUCAGAGUGAGUGAGGGCGUGCAUUGGUGUGGAUCUGCCCAGUGAAACUGAGGGGCAUUUGGAAGGGGGGUGGCAGGUAGCAGGCAGUAAUCAUCUCUCUGCCCCCAGCGGCCCCUCUGAAUACCCGCCACUGUCUCCCCACAGCGGGGCGUGUCUUGCCUGGGCCCAGAGCUUUGUUCUUCCUUGAAGAUGUACAGGUAUUCGUUUUGUUGGUGUUUAAUAAUGCAACUGUUUUAUAAGGAAGGAAUUGCGUGGUGUUUGCAGGGUUUUGUGGGCUGAGCAAUGUUGCAGGAGUGGUUUGAUGGGACUGAGUUUUAAAUAACUGUUGGCUCACUCCCACCAACAGUUGGAGAGUUAGUUUACUUAGUUCAGUACCAUUUCUCUCUCUACGUUUCGCUUGCUUUGCUCAAUGGCCCUCCUCCCCUCCCCAUCCCACCUAUUUUCCCCCCCCCCCCACCCUUCCCCUUACCCCUCCUGUGCCUGGGGGUGGGUUGUUUCUCUGAGGGCUUCUCCUGGGUCCUAGUGCUCGUCAUUGUUCCAGAUAUUUUAACCCUCUGGAGUUAAUCCUCAUUGUGACAUCCUUUUUUUUAGAAAAAAGCCUUCUGUUGUAACUAUGGAAACAGGGACCUAGUAGGAACAAAAUAAGGGACUCGACAACUUUUAAAAGCUGAAGUUAUAAUUAAAAUAUUUCCAACUCCAA